UCUCUCUCUCCUCUUUCUCUGUCAUAUUCAUCAGCAUUCAACACAACACCCCCCCAACCUUCUCUCUCGUCUUCUCCCUCUCUCUAGGGACGAGCUUUUUGCCUCCUCUCUCUCUCUCUCUCUAGUGACAUCUCGGCCUCCAUCUCCAUCUCCAUCUCUCUCUGUGCUUUCCUUUUCCUUCGACGUCGGAUUCGAGCCCUCGGGAAGUUUUGGCACCUACCCACCUGAGAUGGAAACGACGGAGACGGCGGCGGCGGCGGCGGCGGCGAUGGGUGCAGCGGAGGACCGGUGGAUGGCGGCGGCCAUGGUGGACAGCGGGGUGGUGGCGGAGCUGCUGGUCCUGCUGAAGCGGGCGCGCGGCGGCGGCGGCGGCGGCGCCGGUCAGGUCGGCGGUCGUGCUGCCGAUGCGGUGGGGAGUCCGGCAGCCGAGGUCGAGGACGGCCCCAAGAUGCGAGGCCGCCGCGGCCACCGCCUCCCAGAGGAAGGAGGUGGAUUCGGCGAGGAACAGCCCGACGACGCCGCUCUCCUGGAGCGGCGGCGGCGGCGGAGGCGCCUCUCCUUCGGCCACCGCCGACGGUUUCGAGGAGUCGAGCUUGCCGGCGAACCGCUCCUCAGGUUCUGCCAGAUCCAAGGGCAUUGCUCAGAACGACGCCUCGUGCCUGGCUGUCAACAAGCCGAGGAAGAAGAAGACUUUUGCCGAACUCAAAGACGAGGAGAACUACUUGCUGAAUGAAAGGACCCAUUUGAAGAAGGAUAUAGCGAGGCUGCGUGCGACUUUCACGGAGCAGAUAGCUAGGAACAAAUCCUUGAAGAAGAUGAAGCUUGAUUUGAAUUUGCUUUCUGGAAAGGGCAAUGUGGUCACUGCUGAUGACAGAGAUGAAGCAACUUCCGGUUUGCAUGACAAGAUGGAAGCAUCUACAUCAGAUAACCCUGCAUCGUCAACAUCGUCAGAACGAGAUGUGAGCAAGGGUCAUCCAUCUUCCAGCUCUAGCCAGUAUCCUGAGGCGGUGACCAAGGACAGUGACGGAUCUUUCUUGCUACCUGAUCUAAACAUGAUACCCUCUGAAGAUCUUUAUGGGUUGAGCUAAGCAAGAACGUUAUGGAUAUGCAGCUCAUUGUAAUUAAAAGCAAUGGCGACACUCAUGGAGACGAUGUUCUGGGUUAUAUCAUACAGGAUCGGAUAAAGAGGAGUGGAUCUACAUAUCCAUGUUAUCAAGAGCUACAAGUUAUAAGGAUGGUUCUGACUCUGCAGUCGAGCUGAAAUGUCGUUGGGUUGCAGAACAAGAUCUCCGUUUCAACUGGACACGGGGGUUAAUAAUCCUCGCCACUUCUCGAUCGUUGCAUAUCUUGUAUGAACGGUAUAAACUAAGCCAUUCUUUGUAGGCAUUUGGCAGAGCAACUUGAAUACAAACUUCUCAAAUUUUGUUCCUCCAAGAGAAUCUCUUUCAGAUUGCUUUCUUUUAGUUU